CGGGUCCCGGAGCGGAGCGGGAGGCCGGACCCGGGAGCCGAGCGGCGGCGGCGGUAAUGGCGGAGCUGGUGCAGGGACAGAGCGCUCCGGUGGGCAUGAAGGCCGAGGGCUUCGUGGACGCCCUGCACCGGGUCCGGCAGAAAGCCACAGGACUCACUUGUGUUAGAAGAAGGCCUCCACUCCAGAGCUUGAAGAUGUGGUCUUUCCGUCUCUUUCCAGUAUUCCAGGGGAGGCAUCCUUUCUGUCUCCCACAUACUGACUUUUCAUGUUAAUAUUGAUGCUCCUGUAGACAUUAUAUUGGAUCCCAGAACUUUCCAACCCUGUGGUUUCACCUAAAAUUUUGUCUGACGAAUUGUUACUUACUGCCCAGGUACCAACUAUUACUGUAGUAUCUCCAUCUUAGACUUCAGUCACCUUCUGUCUACAGUGGAUGAACAUACCAUCCAGCCCCCCUACAACACUGCUUGCUACUUUCCUCUGCAGUACAGGGUCCUCGACCUUGUUUCUCACUGGCUACUAAUAUGUAAUGCCUAUCACUCUGUGCUGAUAUGUGACAAUCACCUUGUUGGCCUUCUGUGUCCUGGAAGAAUUGUAGCCACUACCUUAAAGAGCUCAGAUCCUCAGUUUGCAGAAGGCCUGUAAUUGAACAUAAAAUGAUUUUGAAACAUUGCGAAGACUUUCUACUUCUCUUGAGGCAGUGGUUGAACUCAUACUCUUGGACAACCUGCUCAAGAGGGAGACUCUCAGGUGUUAAAUGCUGACUUAAUGUGGAUUGUUGAAGCAGUGCUGUUUACUACUAGCAGUGACACUUCAUUGGAAUUGUUCUCAGCUUUGAGAUGCACCAUUGACUGGAGCCAUAAUAGCCCAAUGGAGCCAGGGCUGUUAAGUGUGUUCCUUCUGAAUGUUAUCAGCUGGAGGUCCAUACUAUCUUCAAGGAUUUGAUGGCCUUUAAAAACUAAAGAAAAAAAAAACAGAUUGCUGCUAAGAUUGAUUCGAUUCCUCACUUGAACAACUCCACGCCUCUCGUGGAUCCCUGCGUGUAUGGAUAUGGCGUGCAGAAACGGCCCCUGGACGAUGGAGGAAAGCAUACAGAGGCUGUCCUCCCUCCACUCUUCUCAGCCUCUCAGGGUCCACUGUGUACCUGCCUGGCUGCUUGAGAAACCAGUAGGUAACCAGUUAGGGGCCUUGGUACAUCAAAGGGCAGUAAUAACAGAAGAAUUCAAAGUGCCUGAUAAAAUGGUUGGAUUUAUUAUCGGCAGGGGAGGUGAGCAGAUUUCGCGGAUUCAAGCAGAAUCUGGUUGCAAAAUUCAGAUUGCUUCAGAGAGUUCUGGGAUUCCAGAGAGGCCCUGUGUACUUACCGGAACCCCAGAAAGUAUUGAACAAGCCAAACGACUGCUGGGGCAGAUUGUGGACCGCUGUCGCAAUGGACCUGGCUUUCAUAACGACAUAGAUGGCAACAGCACAAUCCAGGAGAUCCUUAUUCCUGCAUCUAAAGUGGGUCUGGUCAUCGGCAAAGGAGGGGAAACAAUCAAGCAGUUGCAGGAGCGGACAGGUGUAAAAAUGGUCAUGAUCCAGGAUGGCCCACUGCCCACAGGAGCAGAUAAGCCCCUUCGUAUCACUGGAGACCCAUUCAAAGUACAGCAAGCCAGAGAAAUGGUAUUGGAGAUCAUCAGAGAAAAAGACCAAGCUGACUUCCGAGGUGUGCGAGGUGACUUCAGCACCCGUGUGGGAGGAGGCAGUCUAGAGGUAUCUGUCCCUAGGUUUGCUGUUGGAAUUGUAAUAGGAAGAAAUGGGGAAAUGAUCAAAAAGAUCCAGAAUGAUGCUGGUGUAAGGAUUCAGUUUAAACCAGAUGAUGGGAUUAGUCCUGAGAGAGCUGCCCAGGUCAUGGGCCCUCCAGAUCGGUGUCAGCAUGCUGCUCACAUCAUCAACGAGCUGAUCCUUACGGCGCAGGAGAGGGAUGGCUUCGGAGGUCUGGCAGUAGCAAGAGGAAGGGGCAGGGGUCGUGGCGACUGGAGCAUGGGAACCCCUGGUGGCAUCCAGGAGAUAACAUAUACCGUGCCAGCAGAUAAGUGUGGCCUCGUCAUAGGCAAAGGGGGCGAGAACAUCAAAAGCAUCAACCAGCAGUCAGGAGCCCACGUGGAGCUUCAGCGCAAUCCCCCUCCUAACACCGACCCCAGCCUGCGGAUAUUUACCAUCAGGGGUGUUCCUCAGCAGAUCGAGGUGGCCAGACAUCUCAUAGAUGAGAAAGUUGGUGGUACCAGCCUUGGAGCCCCCGGAGCCUUUGGACAGAGCCCCUUCAACCAGCCGCCUGCUGCCCCGCAUCAAAACACUUUUCCUCCAAGGGGCUCAGGGUGCUUCCCCAACAUCGCUGCUAAAGUGAAUGGAAACCCCCACAGUACCCCUGUGAGUGGCCCUCCAGCCUUUCUGACCCAGGGCUGGGGCAGCACCUACCAGGCAUGGCAGCAGCCCACACAGCAGGUCCCAAACCAGCAGAGCCAGCCGCAGAGCAGCCAGCCUGACUACAGCAAGGCCUGGGAAGACUACUACAAGAAGCAGAGUCACGCUGCCAGCGCUGCUCCUCAGGCCAGCUCCCCACCAGACUACACAAUGGCCUGGGCGGAGUAUUACAGACAGCAGGUCGCUUUCUACGGGCAGACGUUAGGGCAGGCUCAGGCCCACAGCCAGGAGCAGUAGAGCCGAGUCGCACAGCUGGCCCUUCCCCUCGAAAUCAGUGUGAAAGAAAACCUGUUUGUAACAGAGGUUUUUAGAUUUGCAGACUUUUGAUGAAGAACCUUUGUUUUGUUCUGUGAAACACUAUAUUUAGAUUAACAGAAUUUUUCUAAAAAUCGGGAAAAUUAGUUACUAAAAAUUGCUGAUAAUUUUUGUUUCAUUAUUCUUGUUUGUUAUUUCAAAUGUGUAAGCUCUGGGAUUCUUUUUGGAACAAAAUACCUGCAAAUUCAGGUGCCAGAAUGUGCCUCGGAGCAGUGACAUUUCAACAUGAUAUUGUUUUGUUUGUUGUUUUGUUUUCAUGUCUUUUUAUUUACAGUUUUUUCUGUUGCAACAGAAAGUGGCUUGGAAGUCUUAGGUGGUAUGUAACAAAUUCUUUUAAAAAAUUUUUUAAACAGUAUUUAAAUAUUCUUAAAUGUGUAAAUUCAUUAAAUGUUUUACUUCUAAUUUCUUGUAUUUUGGCUGUCUGGUUUUAUUGCAUUUUUUAAAAAACUGAACUAUUAUGUAUUGUAAUUAAUUAUGUGAAUUCUGAAAUGAGACAGAUAAUUGUAUUGCUGUCCAACAGGGUUUGGGAGGGGCAUUUUGUAGGGUUUGUAUAAUUCCUAGAGUUCUAAAGGGUAAUAUAAAAGUGUGUUUGUGUGUUAGCAUACAUUUUUUUUUCGUGUCUCCAUUACUGGUUGCAAUUGUGUAUCUAAGACCUCCAAGCUGGUUUUAAAAAACAAAACAAAAAACCUUUCUCUAUUCUUUCAGAAAUAUAAAUACUGUUAUUUUUAAUAUUAAAAAGAAAUUCAAUAUAACUUUUAACAAACACUGUGGAACAUUAAACCGUAUAAAAAUGUAGUAACUAUUUUUUAAUUCCAAGGUGUUUUUUUGCUUUUUUCUUUUAAAUAUUUUCUUAAUAUUUGUCAAAUUAACUAGAUGAAUAAGUAAAUCUAGUAUUAACCACAGUAUGAAUUAAAUAAUUUUGAUUUAAUAAAAGGGAUAAUAUGAUUUUUUCCAAUGUUUACUGUAGUGUAUCUUGUACAGAUAACAUGUAUUUUUAAAGGAAAAAAAUACGGAAUUAAAGCUAUUUUUUCUUGCAUUUUUAAUUGACCUGAGGGACAUUCCGUUUGAAAUGUACUGAAGUUACAGUUUCUGGGGUUUUCUCCUUGUUUUCCUUAAAUGCUUGAAAUGUCUAACUAUUAAAAAAGGCAAUUGGAAAAUGUUAUGCAUGUUGUUUAAAAAGGUGUUCUUUGUAUUUGACUGACAAUUCAUUUUACACUCUAUAUAAUAAAAUUUCCACAAGACAUCUUGUGGGUGGAGUA